AUGGCGGCACAUGAUGGGGCUUCCUCCUCCUCCUCCUCCUCCUCCUCUGGAUCAUCUGCUUACGAUGUGUUUCUCAAUUUCAGGGGUGAAGAAACUCGCAAUAACUUCACUGGUUUCCUUCACAGAGCUCUGGCAAGAGAAGGAAUCGUUGUGUUUAUAGAUAGUGAAGGCCUGUGGGGUGGAGAAGAGAUCCAAUCGGCCCUUUUUGAUGCAAUCCAAAAAUCCAAAAUUUUGAUUGCUGUCUUCUCCAAAGGCUAUGCGGAUAGCAAAUGGUGCCUCCGGGAAUUGGUGAAGAUGGUUGAAUGUCAUAGAUCGAACUAUCAAAAAAUUCUACCCAUAUUCUUCGAUGUUGAGCCAACUGAUGUUCGCAAUCAGACCGGAAGUUUUGAAGUAUCGUUCCAGAAGCACAAGAAGAAAUUUAAUGCCGAAAUAGAGGAUUGGAAGGCAGCCUUGACUGUGGUAGGAGGAAAAAAGGGAUACGAAAUCAAGCAAGUAAAUGGGAAUCAAUCUGAGCUAGUCAAAUUAGUUGUUGAUUGGGUUUUGAGUCAAUUGAGUAGCAACCACUUGGGUGAUGUUAAAAACCCUAUUGGAUUAGAAGCUCGUGUAGACAAUGUAUUAUCUCUAUUGAAUGUUGGCUCCAGUGAUGUUCGGUUUGUGGGAAUCUGUGGUAUAGGUGGCAUUGGGAAGACAUCUAUUGCAAUGACUCUGUACAAUCACAUUUUUAAAAGGUUUGAAAUGAGUAGCUUCCUUGCAAAUGUUAGAGAAGAAGCAUUAGAACCAAAUGGCUUAGUUUCUCUACAAGAGAAACUUAUUUAUAGUGUCUCCAAAAGGAAAGUUGAAAUAUGUAAUGUUUAUAGGGGACACCAAUUGAUAAAAGAAAGACUACAAGGGAAAAAAGUUCUUCUUAUCCUUGACGAUGUGGAUUCUUAUUCCCAACUUAAAGAUUUGGCUAUUGAAUUUAAAUUGUUUGGUCCAGGAAGUAGGAUCAUCAUUACAAGUAGAGAUGAACAUGUUCUAAAUGUGGCUAAAGUUGAUGAAAUAUACUGGCCUAAAGAAUUGGAUCAAGAGCAAUCUCUUCAACUCUUUAGUUUGUAUGCAUUUUCAAGGGAACAACCUCUUGAAGAUUACGAACAACUUUGCCAAGGUGUGCUACACUUGGCGGGGGGAUUGCCAUUAACACUUGAAGUGUUGGGUUCUUAUUUCUUUGACAUAAGAGGUAAAGAAGUAUGGCAAAGCAGGUUGCGAAAACUAGAAAGAAUUCCUGAUAAGAAGGUCUUGAAAAUAUUAAAAAUAAGUUAUGAUGAUCUAGAAGAUGAAGAGAAAUCUAUAUUUCUUGAUGCUACAUGA